UGUAGUCCGCCUUCCGCCCGAAGUCAGCCGGGAAAGUCUCCAGCGGCACCAGCCCACGACCCUCUUCGGGAUAACCCGUGUUGAAAAUGGUUGGAUGGGUGGACUGAUUGUCAAAUGUGAUUUGGCGUCUCCCACUUCUGGGAACCUUUGACAUUAUUGGAUAGAUUCAAAAUGAGAAUUAAUACACAGCGCACCCAAGAUAACUUGAAAUGAAAACUUAUUUUUUUUUUUUUAACUCUUUAUGAGGGAGGAAUCGGCAUAGGCCCUGCUUCCCGUAACUGCACGUCUCUGCGUGCGUGCCAAAUACGUGUGUACAGUCACGAAUUAUUUCUACCUAACGCGGUCAAGACGUAUUUGCUCUGGGUUCCUUCGACUGGCUAAAAUCGGAUUUGUGUCGUGGAUGAGCCGGUCGGCGCGUGGGAGAAAGAUUGACUCGUGAGCGCUCAACAAGUGGCCGCGUGCGUCUUCGGUCCGUCCAAGAUCCCAAACCCACCGGCGAGGAGGAGAGGCAGCAUGACGGCUCGCGUCUUCCACUACAUCAAGCCUCUGCUUGGCAACCGGUUGCUGGCCAAGGCCUGCGCUUCGGCUUCCUGCCGCCAGAAGUCCACUUCCACCACUCGUCAGAUGAUCCCUCCGCCGGCGCAAUACGGAGGCAGGCACACGGUGACGCUGAUUCCCGGAGACGGCGUCGGGCCCGAGCUGGCCAAGCACGUGCAAGAGCUCUUUCGGUUCUGUUGCGUUCCGCUGGACUUUGAAGUCGUCGACGUGGACUCGUCCUCGGCCUCAGAAGCGGACGUCAACAACGCCAUCGUGGCGAUCAGGCGCAACGGCGUCGCGCUCAAAGGCAACCUGGAGACCGACCACAAUUUACCCGCCGCCCACAAAUCCAGAAACAAUCUUCUCCGAACCGCUUUGGAUCUGUACGCCAACGUGAUGCACUGCAGGUCUCUGCCAGAGGUGCCGACCCGACAUCAUAACGUGGACAUCGUGAUCGUCAGGGAGAACACCGAGGGCGAGUACAGCAGCCUGGAGCACGAGAACGUCCCGGGAGUGGUGGAAUGUCUGAAGAUCAUCACCAGGAGCAAAUCGUUACGCAUCGCCGAGUACGCCUUCAGGAUGGCUCGUGAGAAAGGACGCAGACGAGUGACCGCCGUGCACAAGGCCAACAUCAUGAAGCUGGCCGACGGCCUGUUCCUGGCGUGCUGCGAGGAGGUUGCCGGCGCUUACCCGGACAUCGCCUUUGACAGCAUGAUCGUGGACAACGCGACCAUGCAGCUGGUUUCCAGGCCCCAGCAGUUCGACGUGAUGCUCAUGCCCAACCUGUACGGCAACGUGGUGAGCAACAUUUGCGCCGGGCUGGUGGGCGGACCGGGCCUGGUGCCCGGAGCCAACUACGGUCGCGACUACGCCGUCUUCGAAAUGGGCACCAGGAACACGGGGGGGAGCAUCGCCAAGCGCGACGCGGCCAACCCCGCCGCCAUGCUGCUGGCCUCCUGUCUGCUGCUGGACCACCUCAAGCUCGGCGCCUACGCCGCCAUGAUCCGACGGGCCGUCCUCCGCGCUCUCAGCGAGUCUCGGCUGCACACGCGGGACCUGGGCGGCCAGGGCUCCACGUCGGAGGUGGUGCAGUUCAUCAUGAAGGCCAUUCAGAGCACCGGCCCGCUCACGGUCGGCGUCUAG